AUGCAGCCGUUAGCCUGGGCGCCCGCCAGCGUCACCUCUGGGUGGCGGCGCGGUGGCAUUCUCCGGGUCGCGCCCGCAAUGCGCCCCCGGUCGCCGAUGCGUCUGCAGCUCCGCCCGGGCCGCCUGCGCCCAGGGCGCGGGGACCUGCGGACGGCGAGGCCGGGCGCCUGGACCCGAGGACAGGAGCACGCAGCACUGGUCCCAGGGAGUGUUCCGGAUCCCGCACCCGGGGAUCUGCUGCGGAAAGAAGGGACGGGGCGUUCGGGAAGGUGCAGUGGGCUCGGCCUCCCCUCGCGCGGCCUCGUGCUUCAGGCUCACCUCGCCGCGUCCUCCGCUCGCCGGGUCGCCGCGGCCUCUAGGAGCGCGCGGGAGCAGCCGGGAGGGUGUCGCCGGGCAGCCGCUGGGCGUGGCUUCUCGGACAGGGGCGGCCCCUUGGGGCGGGGAGACCGACGUCACUGCCGGCGAGGCGCGCUAAUUGGCCGGGGCUUAGUGCGCGGAGCCCGCAAGCGUCUCCUCCCGUCCGGAUGCUCCUCCUCUCCCGCCGCUCGUCGGCACCGGCUCGCGAGGAAACCGCUUCGGAGCCACCGCCUGGCCCAGUGCGAACGACCGAGAGAGGAGGCGGAAGGAGGACCCCUCGCUCACUUGCUCGUACUGCGCCGGAGCCCCGGAGCCGGCACGGAGCCAGGGGGAGGAGCCGCCGCGAUUCGCCCCCAAGAGCGCGUGUACGAGUGGUUCGGGCUGGAGCUGGGCUCGGCGCAGCGCCUGGAGUUCCUCUGCGGGCUGCUGGACUUGUGCAAUCCGCUGGAGCUGCGCUUCCUCGGCUCGUGCCUCGAGGACCUGGCGCGCAAGGACUACCACUACCUGCGCGACUCGGAGGCCAAGGCCAACGGGCUCUCGGACCCGGGCCCGCUGGCCGACUUCCGAGAGCCUGCCGUGCGCUCCCGCCUCAUCGUCUACCUGGCGCUGCUGGGCUCUGAGAACCGCGAGGCCGCCGGCCGCUUGCACCGCCUGCUGCCCCAGGUGGACUCGGUGCUCCAGAGUCUGCACACCGCCCGGGCCGAGGGCGCGGAGGACGAGGACGGCGUGGACGCCGAACAGGAUGGCUCCGGGCCGGAAGGCGGCGGCGCCGAGCCCCGGGCGGGCAGCGCACUGAGUCUCCGGGCCCAGGAGGAGUUGCUGCUGCUCUUCACCAUGGCCUCGCUGCACCCGGCCUUCUCCUUCCACCAGCGGGUCACCCUGCGGGAGCACCUGGAGCGACUCCGCACGGCGCUGCACCCCGACCCCACGGACGCCGAGGAAGAGCCGGACCACUUUGCCGACCCUCGGACUCAGAGUGACUCUGCUCACGGUGACUACCUACACAGUCACAAGACCAGUGUUGUAGAAGAGGCCCUGGUACCUCAUGAUGGACUGCCUCUGGCACCUCACAGAGCCCAGCGAGAAGCUGUACACAUUGAGAAGAUAAUGCUGAAAGGAGUCCAGAGGAAAAGGGCUGACAAGUAUUGGGAAUAUACCUUCAAAGUGAAUUGGUCUGAUCUUUCAGUAACAACAGUAACAAAAACCCACCAAGAACUACAAGAAUUUCUACUGAAGCUUCCAAAGGAAUUGUCUUCAGAGACUUUUGACAAGACCAUCCUAAGAGCCCUGAACCAGGGUUCCCUGAAAAGGGAAGAACGGCGCUAUCCUGAUCUCGAGCCCAUCCUAAGGCAACUUUUGUCAACUUCAUCACAAGCUUUCCUCCAGAGUCAGAAAGUACACAGCUUUUUUCAGUCCAUAUCAUCCGAGUCUUUGCACAAUCUCAAUAACUUACCAUCUUCUCUGAAGUCGUGUAAGAUAGUAGAACAUCUGAAAGAAGACAGCUCAGAAGCUUCGAGUCAGGAAGAAGAUGUGUUGCAGCACACCGUAAUACACAGGAAGCAUGCCGGGAAGGGCCCCAUUGUGAACACUAUUGGGACAAGUUGUUCUCCUCGGGGUGGGUUGGCCAUACAAUAUCCUGAGCAGAAUGGCAUCAUCGAUUGGAGGAAGACAAGUUAUACCACCUCACAGCCCCCAGAGCACUCUGUGACCUUAGCCGACCAGCAUUCCGCUGACAAAUGGAGCUUAUCUUCCAUAAAUAAGAAGAAAGGAAAGCCGCAAAUAGAAAAGGAGAACAUUCAGAAAGUGGAGACCAGAUUGACUAGUAGAAUAAAUGGCAUUCGACUCUCCACUGCUCAGCAUGCCCAGGAUGGCUCUGGGAAAGAUGUGAAUUUGGACGUUGGAUCUGGACAUGAAACAUGUGGGGACACCUCUUCAGAUACUUACAGCUCUCCAUCUAGCCCACGGCAUGACGGAAGAGAAAGCUUUGAGAGUGAAGAAGAAAAAGACAGAGAUACAGACAGCAACUCGGAGGACUCUGGGAAUCCAUCCACCCCCAGGUUCACAGGCUUUGGUUCUGCCAACCAGACCAUCCCAGUCAAGCCCCCUGUGCCAGUGGCUUCCCUAGGAACUGAAAACGGAAACCUUGUGGAAGGUCCCUUGAACUCGCCCAAGUAUCCGCAUAUUUCUUUUAUGCCAACUUUACACUGUGUCAUGCACAAUGGUGCCCCAAAACCCGAGGGGGUGCUCCCUCCACCCAAAUCUGUGGAUGGCAAAACAAUAGGAAUGCUAGUUCCUAGUCCUGUUGCUCUUUCUGCGAUUCGGGAGUCGGCAAAUCCUAGCCCUGUCGGGCUGCUCGGGCCAGUGGUGCCUACUGGAGAGUCGGACAAGCAGCUGGAAUUACUGGCUUCCCCAUUGCCUCUUCCGUCCACGUUCCUUCCACACGGUAGCGCUCCCGCUCUGCACCUCACUAUCCAGAGGCUCAAAAUGCCGCCGCCACAAGGUUCUUCUGAGGGUUGUGCUGUGAACCUCCCACAGCAGCCCGCUGGGAGUCUGAGCGUCGCAUCACCGAACACUGCCUUCAUUCCUGUCCAUAACCCAGGUAGUUUUCCAGGGUCACCUGUGGCUACCACGGACCCCAUCACAAAGCCUGCAGCCCAAGUGGUAGGACUCAAUCAAAUGGUGCCUCAAGUUGAGGGAAACGCAGGGACAGUCCCUCAGCCUCCUAAUGUGAAGGUCGUGCUCCCAGCAGCGGGCCUUGCAGCUGCUCAGCCAGCAGCUUCCUACCCUUUACCUGGCUCGCCCCUUGCUGCCAGCGUGUUACCCAACCAGAGUUCCAAUGUGCUAAACACGGCAGCCGCUUCCGCCCAGCCCGCGAGUGCAGGCCUCAGCCAGGUGCAGCCGACCAUCCCUCCCGCAGUUCCCACCCACACCCCUGGCCCUGCCCCGAGCCCGAGCCCUGCCCUGACACACAGCACUGCGCAGAGCGACAGCACGUCCUACAUCAGUGCUGUGGGCAACACGAACGCAAAUGGGACAGUACUGCCACCGCAGCAGAUGGGCUCGGGUCCUUGCGGUUCCUGCGGGCGAAGGUGUAGCUGUGGGACCAAUGGGAACCUUCAGCUCAGCAGUUACUAUUAUCCUAAUCCAGUGCCCGGACCAAUGUACCGAGUCCCAUCCUUCUUUACUCUGCCGUCCAUUUGCAACGGCAGCUACCUCAACCAAGCACAUCAGAGCAAUGGAAACCAACUUCCUUUCUUUCUGCCUCAGACGCCAUAUGCAAACGGGCUGAUGCAUGACCCAGUCAUGGGGAGCCAAGCCAACUAUGGCAUGCAACAGAUGGCGGGAUUUGGGAGAUUCUAUCCUGUAUACCCAGCAUCCAGUGUAGUUGCCAACACCAACGGUUCAGGCCCCAAGAAGAAUGGGAACGUGUCCUGUUACAAUUGUGGUGUAAGCGGGCACUAUGCACAGGACUGUAAGCAGUCGUCCAUGGAUGCCAACCAACAAGGCACUUACAGACUGAGAUACGCACCUCCCCUCCCCCCUUCUAGUGAUACGUUGGAUUCUGCAGACUGA